GAACAAGAGAGCCAUAUUCAAAAGCUCGUGCUGAUGCGAGGAUCGUCAUCUGCAAACUACGCACAGAGUGUUUUGGAGUUGUCCACUUUUAAACACGUAGGUUGUCAAAGUCGGUCAGCCAUCUCUUUGACCGAAGGACUCCUGAAGAGAGAGACAUGUAGGAAGACCGAUGACUCCGGUGCUUGGAUCGAACCCGACAUGGAAAAGAAGAUGUCAGGAAAAAAGACGAACGGCUUGGCCGAUUACCAUGCUUGUCAUCCUUUUGGAGAUUCUAGUGUGGAUCCUUCUUAUUACCAUGCUCCCCCGCAUCGACGUAGAACUGCGAAUGACGUGUCAAAUGGCGCGUGUGACGUACUGGCACCUUUUCUUCAACGGCGUGGCGUGGGCCAUUUUCUCCGCUUGUGCAAUGGGGUUCACAAAUUCAACGUUCGAUCCGUGUGGAAUGAGAAGUUUCGGGGGUCGACCCAUCCCUGACAUUUCGCACGUACAAGGAAGUCAUGGUAGUUUUAGCGUUCAGCUUUGCGCAUUGUCAUCUUGCGGCACUGUCAUGCGGCGUGGUAUGUUAUUCUUGCACAUCUUGUUGACAUGUGGGGCAUCGGCGCAUUUUUAAUUCUUUUCUCGCGGCCGCGUUGCCACGGUGGAGGUUAACUUGCGCCUGAAUUUCACACUCUCUCGACAAAGGAAUUGUUUGCACACUAAUCAUGAAGAAGACGAUCGGCGUUCCCCGCCUCCCGGCAUGAAUUAAGAAUGUUUUUCUUUGACUCGCGAGUCGCAGUCAUGCAACCUCCUCCCAACUUCUUCCACUCACCAUCAAGGUCCAUGAUGGGCGGGUAGAUUAUGAUCACUGUAGGCGGGAGAUUAUUAGGGUAGGUGGCAUUUUAAGUUAAUCGGGAAAGCCCGUAAUAGCACCGUGGUCUAGGUUUUUGAUGGUUUCCUGUGCGGGGUCGGGUCGUGUCAAACUGGGCUUUGUUGUUCCGGUGGUGAUGUGACCUGAAACCCCGAAGACGGAAGAAAAGUUCGUCCUCCAUCGAACGAUCCUACAAGUGGUGGACGAUGACCAUUGGAUUCUAUUCCAUCUCCGCCACUAUUAUGCACGCAUGAUCUGGAUCGGAGUGAUGAAACGACGGUUUUGUCCGGAUGGAGACUUCCUCGUCGGCUUAAAUACAUUCGCAUGCAUUUGAUUCUCUUCUGGUCUCCUCUCCCUCCUCUCGACGACAAUGUCUGCCGUAUCAGCUUAACAGAUUCUUUUGGAAGGCUAAUCUAAUUGUGUUGAUGUGGUGGGGGUGACGAGUCGUCACCACCACCGAGUGGCAGGACUUUGCAGGGAUGUGAACUGGAGCAAUGCACAGAUUGAAGCAGCAGUGACCGUCUCUCAAACAAUCACGAUCCUUCAAAACUCAACAGCUUCUUGUGCGGGAUUUCAAACUUGUCUCUUCUGUUCGAUUGGUUUAUGUAAUUCAUCAUAGCUUAAAUCCGAGGGAUUCACAACUCGGCGUGACGACUUUAACAUUUGCCAAGCAGCCAGUGUAGAAAAUCGUCACUUGUACUUUCAUAUCAGCAUCGAGUGCUUGAAAUAUCUACACAUUGUGCAACAUUCUCUCCAUUAUUAUUUGAAUUGUCUGCAAAGUUUAUUUCGUGGUCGAAUUCUGCCUCUCGACAUGAGUUUUGGGUGAACUUAUACCUGCUGUCGCCGGAACAAAGAUGGAUGAGACAGAAGUGCAAGUUGAGAUUGCCUGCUGGGCUCAAGAGCAUCCAGAAGCCGAGCGAGUCAACUGGAAGGACGGCAAUGAACCGUGGGUCAGCUUCGAGGGCAAACUGUGUACGUUGCACGUCGGCCUGGGAGGAUUGAUUUGGAACAUACAGGUUCCAGUAGGGUACCAAACUGAGCUGAGCGUGGAUGGCUCUCGAAGGAGGUGCUGGGAUCCACUUGAUUUGCAUGAUACACUGAUCGUACCUGACAGGAACAUGCCCUUCCAUGUUUCCGUUGUGUAUCCUAACCAGCAAAUAUGCAAUGCAGCAGACGAGACAAUGCUUCUUGUACAGCAGCCAGAACCAGAACCAGGCUUUGAUUAUCGCGAGGCUCAGGAGAGUGUCACAAACUUGAUAAAAAAGCUGCAAUUAUCAGAUGAGAAUUCUGAUACCCGCGCUCACCAGGAGGAGAGAUUGCAUAUUAAAAGCCGGGCUUGUUUUCGAGCAAUGAAUAGGGCCGAAACUCUCUCGGAAGUUCUAGACGCUAUUCAUACCCUUACAACAUUCCAUAGGUGGAGUUAUGCUGCAUCAGGCGCAGAUCUUGAGGAUUCUCAGACGUCCAGUAGUAUGAAAUGUGGUGGCAAUAGUGGUGUGUCGGUGGAGGAUGAUCUGUUCGGCCCUGAGCUCGCUUUGAAAUGGAGCUGGAUUAGAUGCCAAGUGGAGUAUGCAGCCGAUGCUUGCAGAAUGGCCUCGCGUAAAGGGAGGAACACGGACCCGAAGAGCAGUAGUGGAAUGAUCUUGGUAAGAAUGGUUGGCGUGACGGAUGGCCUCGAGAUUGCACACAGCAUAAGCCAGAGCUCCGGGUCCUCAUUGUCAACGGAAUCCCCAAACUUCAAAUUUGAGGAUAGUGAAUCAAAGCACAUGGCCAGAGAGUUCGAUUACGUCAGGGAGGCUAGCUCCAUCGAUACAAGGACAUACAAGUCUUUGAAAGGUAGUAGAAGCAUCAGUCGCUCUGAUUCAGAUUCUCAGUUGAGUGUCCACAGUGAUGAAAGCUGGGAGGAAGUUGUAGGUAUGUCAGAUGACGAGGUUCCCACUGAAAUUCUUUUGCAGUCACUUGCCAUGAAUGUUGGUGAACAGACCGGUGUUCAAGGUCAAUUACCGUCACAGAAUAAGCGAAAGUUUCAGCAGAUUUACACGCGGCCUGGAGAAAGAGAAGCAGCGGCGCGAGCAGCAGAUGACCAUGCAUCCACCACCACCAGGUCCACGCACAUAAGCCCUGGGCUAGAUGCAGGUGGACAAGAGUUUCUAGCGUAUUGUGAUAUAAGCUUCAAUGCCGCGAGCUUCUCUGUAGAAUGCUCCAUAAAAUUGAAGCAAUUCAUGGACAAUAAUACGGCUGCUAUCACUGCUAUGGGCUUGUCCCUCGACCACCCCCUGCGCUUGGAAAUAGUUCCCAACAAAGAGCAGGUGGAUGCUCUUGCGUGGACUGGGGCGGUCGAGGUUUAUGCAAGUCAGCAAAGCGAGUGGCACAGCCACAUGUCCGAGGAGGUCUGCGGUCUGCUAUGCUUCAUCCCCUACAUUGUCAGGCAUUUUUUCGAAAUGAACGUCGCGGCCUUCUUGGGCCAUCGGCCCACUCGGGAGCCAAGGGGAGAUUUGUUCAUAGGCCUUCUGCAGACGGUGGUGAAGCGGUUGGCCAACGUGGACAGGGAUCACUGCUGCGUGUGCUCGGGACCUCUGCUCCAAGUCUUCAGGACUUUGAGUUCCAGAAUCAUGUGGCCUUGCGAGGACAACAUGUGCCAGGCAUUGUUCGCCUCGUGGCAGACGGUGAGUACGUACGACGCAGACGAGCGAGCCCGGCAAGAGAAGGAGUCGCUCGCGGAAGUGGAGAGCGAUCUGCGAGACGACUUUCCCUUCUCCACAGCCAUUCUCGACAACUUGAGGUCUGCUCUGGAUGUCUACAGAGUAGACAGCGAGGGCCUGCACUACGGCCAGAUGAUUCGAGCGCUGGCCCGCAUAGAAUUAUGGAACCGGCGCGAUCUUGAGAAAUUCCUUUGACCUCAUCCGCUCUGACGCGGUGGAUUCACUCACCUGCAGUUACACCUAACGAGUACGCGUGAAUCAUGAUCAUCAUCAUCGUCCUGGCAGUAGCACUAUCGAGGGGCAUCGUUGUAUCCCUAAACUUUGCCACAGUCACAGCUGAUCCAAUCGACAUCACUCUUCGAACUUGCUCAUCUUUCCUUGUGUUCGAUUGUGUUACCUCUUGCCUCUCAGUUGGCAGCUUCGCCACUCGCGAGGAGCCGGCUGCCUGCCUGCGUGCCUCAAGUCAAUGAUUCGAUUUUGUUUUGAACCCCGGUUCGUACCAGGACAAAGUCCUUCUGAGAAUGAAUGCCGCAGUCUCGAGCGAAAAUCCGCACUCCGAAACAGAAAGGCCGCCCGCUCCAACAGAAAGCCGUCCCCUUGACGGCAGGGGUCUUGGACUAAUGCUAGCUUGACACAUGAGAUCUUCGUUUUCUGUUGUGUUGGAGCUCCCUGUGGUCUCCAUUUUUUCUCCUGUAUCUACAUUGUGCACACGGUAAUUCCCACUGAAAUGGACUUUCCCCCCUCUUGACUCGUUUGUUUCCCGGACAUUGCCUUUUGUCUACUAGUUGAUCGACUAUUCUAUGGAUGUACUUCCAGGCUUGCGUAGCUCUCACAUCGCCCAUAUCACAACAGACGACGUGCAUUGUGAGAAUCAUUGU